UUGAGGAAGCACAUUUUCUGCCCCACCACCAUGUACUUCAUAGGUACCUUCUUCCAUUUGCCUUAUCUGCUCAUUUAACAAAGCUUCAGCAACACCAACUGGUAUGCCUUCAAAUCCGUCAUCAUUAACCUUUGCAGCUCUUUCCUCUUCACUAUCACUGAAAUGUACAGAAGCUGUGGAAUCCUCAGUGUCACUUGAUGGAUUGAAAGAAUCAUCAUCUUCAUAUACAUCAUCAAAUGUAGGAUGUUUUCCAUUCUUCUUUCCAGUAACAACCACAUGCACAUUGCCAACAGUUGGAUCAUUGGCAGCAACUCCAUCAGCAAUGGGAUCAUUGGCAGCAACUUCAUUUACAUCUCCAUUUGCAAUGGCAUCAUUGUCACCACUAGCAUCUACAUUUGCAGCAGCAUCUACAUUACCAUUAUCAACAACGGUCUCCCUUUCAUCAUCACUAUCUAGAAGCAACAAUACAGGCCUCUUUGUUGGAGAAAAUUUUUCAACACAAAAAUUAUCAAGACCAGGUAACUUCAGUGGUGCAUCCACUUGCUUCUUGGAUGGAGGUUUAAAUGGCUGGUUUUUCUUCUUUGGAGGCUCCACAGCCACUUGCUUCCCCUUGUUCUUUGGUUCUUUUGCUUCUCCUUUCUUCUUUGUAGCCUCCACAGCCACUUGCUUCCCUCUCUUCUUUGAACCAUCCAACUGCUUGUCCUUAUUCUUUGGAUCACCUGAUUGAACUUUCUUGGCUUUCUUCUUUGAACCAUCAAGUACCCUGAGGAGAUCAAUUGGAGUAGUUGGCAGUUCAUCAGGAGCAUGCUUAACAAAGAGAUGUACUUCCCCCCUCUUUACAGCAUAUUUACCCAACUCUAUUGCCUCUUUAUCAGUGGACAAAGGCCUGAAAUUGUGAAUUGCAAAAUCCUCGUCUUUCAUCCAAAACACCUGGAACUUUCCUUUUGUAUACCCCAGCUCAGCAACUACAUCAAGACUCUCAAAAUAACUCCACCUAUCACUAUCAGCAUCCACAGUGUUUUCUUUGACAUCUACGUAGUGCAACCUUGGCUCCUCAACAAAUUG